AUGGCAGCUAAGCUGAUCGUAGUCCUCGCCUUCGUGGCCGCAGCUCAAGCGUCGAUAAUUUCAACAUCACAAGACAACGACUACACAAGCUUCGCAUACGAUGUCGCUGAUCCUAACACCGGUGACUACAAGAGUCAAGUGGAGUCAAGAAUCGGAGGCACUGUCAAAGGCCAAUACUCCUUAAUCGAUCCUGAUGGCACCAAGCGUAUCGUCGAUUACACCGCCGACGAUAUCAAUGGAUUCAAUGCAGUUGUGCGAAAGGAACCAGUCGUUACUCAAGCAGUAGUAACUCCUACUGUAAUUCCUGCCUCAGUUGUAUCCACACCGUACUCGGUCUCUUCACCUUCUGUCUACUCUGUGGGCUCUCCGAAGUUCUUCACCUCCUCCCCAAGUGUAUACAAUGCAAGAAGUUACGUUGCACCUUAUUAUUAUCCGCGUUCUUACUCCUACGAUUCUUAUGCUGCCCCAUUAAAUUAUUAUUAUUAA